UCAGUAGAAAUAAUUUUGUUAAUUAAAUUUAAUUAAAAUGAGUGAUUUAAUAGAAGAUCAGUUUACGUCUUUUAAUUUUCCGGCAUUUGCAUGCGCUGCCGGUGUAACUGCAAUUGGAAUAUACGAUUAUAAAAAUACAAAUUCAAAAGUUUCGUUAAUUGGCGGAUUAUUUUUUGGAACUGCGCUGAGUUAUGGCGCGUACCAGACAUUUGAAAAUCCAUCAAAUCCUGGGUUUCUCAUGCUCACCUCAGCUAAUUUAGCAAUAAUCAGUGCAACAGCUGCGGUAAUUAUACCGCUAUCGAGAUUUAUCAGUGAUAAAUUUUAUAGAGAUCAUGAGAAUAAAAUUAAACCACUGAGACAAAUUGCGAAAGCUAGUAUCGCCCUACAUGUUUGGAGUCUAUUCCGACUGGCGAGUAUCAGUACCGGAUAUAUGAUGCUCGAACAAAUAAAUAAUGAUAAUCACUCAUUAUUAAAAAAAAUUAUUUUUUUCUAUCCUACUAAAAUAAUGUCUCACAUUAUUAUUAGAAUUUUAUAAAAAUAUUAUUAUUAUAAAAUUCUAAGCGCGGAAUUAUUUUUAUGACUGAAUGUACCAGACAUUAAACAAAUUUUUCAAUUAUAAAUAAAUGGAAUAAAUAAUUGAAAAAAAAAAAAUAUUUUUAAAAAAUGCACUUAUUAAUUUGAAAAUUUGAAGAUUUUAUUUUAUCAAUUAUUUACUCUGCUUAUUAAUAAUUUUAAAUUUGUCUGAUAUCUGCUAUAUUCACGUUGAUAUUAUUUUUAUAAAUAAAUAACUCACAUUUGUUAUUUUUUUCUAUCCUCUUAAAAUAAAUGAUACUGAAGUUAGCAGACGUCUAAUAAUUUUUGGAUUUUUUUUAGACAAUAAAAAAUUUGAAAAAAUUGCACCUGUGGUUUUUAAAAUUUUCUACAUGUGCAUAUUUUUAUACUAUUUUUUGGCAGUUGAUUUAUUGCAAAACGAAAAUUCAAAAAUUUUUAAAUGUCUGCUAACUUCAGGAUCAUUAAAAUAAUGUCUCAUAUUGUUAUUAAAAUUUUAUAAAAAUAUUAUUAUCAUUUUAUUGUAAGCGCGGAAUUAUUUUUGUGCGCGUGAAUAUACCAGGCAUCAGAAAAAUUUUAAAUUAUAAAUAAAUAGAGUAAAUAAUUUAAAAAAUAAUAUUUAUAAAAAUGGACUUAUUAGUUUGAGAGUUUUUUAAAUGCGCAUUUUUUUUAAAUUUUAUUUUAUUAAUGUUUUACUCUAUUUAUUUAUAAUUUAAAAUUUGUCUCAUGUCUGCUACAUUCACACUGAUAUUAUUUUUAUAAAUAAAUACCUAACAUAUAUGUUAUCAUUCUUAUCAAUCGUAAUGUACUAAAUAUAU